GCACCUGUCUGUUGAGCUCAACAGACCCAACAUUGUUAGCCAUGUUUCUGAUGGGCAGCCGUGCCAGUCGCAUGAUCAUGCUCGUAUGUACUCUGGCGCUGUUGAUGGAGACGGUCAGAGGUGGCUCCAGCUUCCUCAGUCCUGCCCAGAAACCUCCGGGGAAAGGAGACAGAAAGCCACCUCGACUUGGACGCCAUGUUGCAGUUCAACCAGACACUCCACAAGAGGAUGGCCACACUCUGGUCAGUUCUCCUUUUCAACUGGGCCUGACUCUGACUGAGGCCGAGUUUGCAGAACACGGCUCUGCCUUACAGAGAAUCCUUGACAGCAUCCUGGGAGACACAGCAAACUGAUCCUACUGCUUUCUUAAAGUGUGUGUUUGUCCAACACAUCAAUACCACAACACAUCAAACAAUUUCAAUCAAUAAAAUUGACUGAAG